AACGUCACUUCCCAAAUCGAUGACGUACUGCACAAGCACUGACCAGGAAGGAAGAUGUCGGUGGAUCUUCGGAAGAAUAAAGACUCCCUUCUUGCAGCGUGGCAAGAUGUGGUAGACGAGAAAUCUGAUACAAACUGGGCUGUAUUUGGAUAUGAAGGAACAAGCAAUGUGCUACGAGUGGUUGAGAAGGGAGAUGGAGACCUGGAGGAAAUGGUAGAUGAAUUGAACAGUGGCAAAAUUAUGUAUGCCUAUUGCCGGGUACAAGAUCCUAAUACCAAUUUGUGGAAAAAUGUUAUUAUCAACUGGCAAGGUGAAGGUGUACCAGAAAUAAAGAAAGGUGCAGCAGCUCGCCACAUCAAUGAUAUUCACAAUUUGUUCAGAGGGGCCCAUGUGACCAUUAAUGCCAGAACAGAAGAUGAUAUAGAUGAGGAGACCAUCAAAGACAAGGUGGCCAAAUCCUCUGGUGCUAACUAUAGCUUUCACAAGGAAAUUGCUAAGCCUAUGGCUGAACCAGAGCGUGUGUCAUCAGUAUACAAGAGGACAAAGCCAGCUGAAGAAAUAAAAGUUAAUGUGAGGGAUCAGUUCUGGGAGAAGCAGGAGAAAGAAGAACAACAGCGGAUUGCAGAAGAAAAACGUAAAUCUGCAAACGAAAGGAAAAAUAUUGAAAUGGAAAGAAAAGCUAGAGAGGCAAGAGAAAAUGAAGAAAGAGAGAGGAAGGCAGCAGAGAGGGCAAAAGCUAUUGCAGCUCAAAAGAAGGCUGAGAAGUUAGCAGCUGAAAAUAAUAAAGAAGAAGAGAAAAAACGCUGGGAACAUGAUCAGAGUGAGCUGGAGAAAGAUUAUGAAGAUCGCAGGAAACGUGCAUCAUCCUUAAGACACGAAAGGGCAGCAGAGGCUGCUUCUCUUGUUGCACAAAGAGAAAAUGAUCCAAGAGCUAAAUUUGAACAACACACUAGUCAGUAUGCAGCAGAGAAGAAAAUGCCACCAGCUCCACCCAAAAAAAUAAAACACACCUUCUUAGAUCAGCAGCAACAAGAGGCUCCUCCGCCCAGAAAAGAACCAAUUCAGCUCCCAAGGGAGCCUUCACCACCCCCAAGGGAGCCUUCACCACCCCCAAGAAGGGAGCCUUCACCACCUCCAAGGGAACCGUCACCACCCCCGAGGGAACCAUCUCCCCCACGUCAACCCUCUCCUCCCAUCCGAGAACCUUCUCCAGAACCAGAGCCACAGCAGCCAGUGUCCAGACCAACCUCAGAGGUUCCUGCUACCAGAAACUUGCUGGCAGAGGGACUGCCAAAACGCCAGGAUUCAGAUGAAGAGGAGGAGGAAGAACAGAACUGGGAUGAGCCCGGUGGUGAGGAGUUUGAAGGUCCCCCAGAAGUGACCCCUAUCACUCAGGAGCCAGAGUCCAGUUACGCUCAUGAAGAUGAACCCCCUGAUGCAGGCUACGCUCAUGGAGCAGAGAAGAGGAUAUCAGGCAUGAUGGAGCAGAGCAGUCUGAGAGCCAAAGCUUUGUACGAUUAUCAAGCAGCGGACGAGACUGAAAUAACGUUUGAUCCAGAUGACAUCAUCACCAACAUAGAGCAGGUGGAUGAGGGUUGGUGGGUUGGAACUGGCCCAGAUGGAACACAUGGAAUGUUUCCAGCAAACUAUGUGGAACUCAUUGAGGAAUAGAUACUGGAAUUUGCUGGUAGACUGGCUAGUGUUAAAGUAUAAAGAUGGCAGGUGCAUGCAUUGCAAUUGGUAAAGGCACAGUUAGUGGUAGUGGGGGGAAAGAUAUCCUCCCCAUUUUGUGCCAGAUCAAAUUUGAGAUUAUUUGAGUGAUACCAGGUGUUAGCAUCGCCACUAGUACUCUAAGGUUUGUAGACCAUUUUAUACAUUAAAAUCGGAAAGAAGUAGAUUGCUGGAGGUAAACGAUGAUACAUCAAAUGAGACACUGAAAUGAUUUUGCUUGAACCUACUGGUGUAGAUCAUUUCCUAUGACCAGUUAUAUGAAGAAGACAACGUUAUGUGAAACAAAUUGGAAAUUCUUUAAAAAGCUUUUGUUAUCAGCAGCAGUUUAAAAACUUUGGUGAAAAGGUUUUCAGAUGUAUCUUUGUAGCAGUUGCUCAUUACUAAAUGUUUCUGUUAAGUAAUUGAGACGGGCUUUCAACAAUACAAAUUCAAACAAAGGAAAAGUGUAGUUAUUUCAGAUUGUUACAUCUAUUACUAUCAUGAAAAUGCAAAUUAAAUGACUAGCUUUGCUCACUUUAUAUGACAUCAUUGUCAUCAUUAAAAUAUAUUAUAUAUAUAUAUAUAUUUUAGUAAGAAUUGCAUAUUUUACCAGUUUUCAUCUAGUUGGGCUUUCAUACAAAGUCUGUUUACAUCAUGGUUGACAAAAAGAGAGAUUGCUAAGACUUCAGCAUUUUUUUUUUUUUUGCAAAAACUGCUAUAUUAUAUGCUAUAUUUUCUUCCUAUGCAACAUAUAGAAUAUCAUUCCACAGGGUGGGAACAGUAAUAUGCUUGGUGCCAAUCAGAAAUAAACAGCAUUUUUCUGUAUUGUCCCACCUGAUUCACCCAUGAAACUGGUGAAAGGAUUCUUACUUAUUUUGCAUGUUCAUCUCUUAAUGUUGCAAUUAACAUUCCAUCAUGUAAUGACAUAUUUGCUUGGAGCCAGUAGUUAUUUAAAUAAAACAUUUCCCCCCCUUACUGCUUAGAUCUAUAUGUGAAUGUCAUACAAAUAUAUCUUAUAUACCUUAUGUCUGUAUUACUAAGAAAUCUACAAUCACUUUCAUGUCCACAUGCUUUAUACACCAAAGGUAACAUGCUGCCGAUUAUUUACUCUGUUAAUAAAUUCAAAACAAAAGUUCAUAGAGAAGUUUAUUCUUUAAUACUAGCCUAACAAAAUAUACUAUUAAUAUAUAUAUGAAUAGCUGUAUCCUAUAUUUGAGCAUAUAAUGGAAUGUGUUUACUGUAUCUCCUCUCAUUACACCAAUCACUGAAGAAGUUUUGAGCAAAUUAUGCAAGUGUUUCUUUUUUCUUCUAAGUAAAACUACCGUCAAAGAAAAA